AUGGCUAGCUCUGGUUCACAGUGUCCGCCUUUCGACUUUUCCGGCAAGUACUACGACGUCGUGUCUGGAGAUGGCUGUGGGAGGCAAAGCAGCUUCUUUGAAGGGAACGCAGUGCUCAAUCAGAGCGUUGGAUAUUCUGUUAUUCUUGGCUUUGGAGCCUUCUUUGCUGUCUUCACAUCUUUCCUGGUAUGGCUGGAGAAGCGGUAUGUUGGUUCAAAGCACACAUCCGAAUGGUUUAACACUGCCGGAAGAAAUGUUAAAACAGGGCUUAUAGCUAGUGUGAUUGUAUCUCAGUGGACCUGGGCAGCUACAAUUUUGCAAAGUUCAAAUGUUGCUUGGCAGUAUGGAGUUAGUGGUCCUUUCUGGUAUGCUAGUGGGGCAACUAUUCAGGUACUCUUGUUUGGUGUAAUGGCUAUAGAGAUCAAGAGAAAGGCUCCUCAUGCUCACACAGUAUGCGAAAUUGUAAAAGCUCGCUGGGGCACAGCUGCACACAUGGUCUUCCUCAGUUUCUGCUUUUUGACAAAUAUUAUUGUAACGGCAAUGCUGCUGCUCGGUGGUUCUGCUGUUGUAAAUGCACUUACCGGAGUGAACAUCUAUGCUGCUAGCUUCCUGAUACCUCUUGGAGUAAUUGUCUACACUUUAGCAGGAGGACUAAAAGCAACAUUCUUGGCAAGCUAUAUACAUUCUGUUAUAGUUCAUGUGGUUCUAGUCAUAUUUGUUUACCUUGUAUAUACGGCAAGCAAUGAGCUUGGUAGUCCCAGAGUUGUGUACAACCGUCUGAUAGAGGUAGCAAGUAAAUCAAGAAUCUGUCAGGAGCCAAUUUCUCAUCAGGGGCAGUCUUGUGGUCCUGUCAGUGGGAAUUACAAAGGGUCGUACCUAACCAUGAUGAGUUCAGGCGGGCUAGUCUUUGGGAUUAUCAACAUUGUUGGAAACUUUGGCACCGUCUUUGUUGAUAAUGGAUAUUGGGUAAGUGCCAUAGCUGCACGGCCGUCAUCAACUCAUAAAGGUUACUUGUUAGGUGGGCUUGUCUGGUUUGCAGUCCCAUUCUCUUUGGCAACAUCACUAGGUCUGGGAGCACUGGCCCUUGACUUACCCAUAACAGCAAGUGAAGCAGGUCGUGGUCUUGUUCCUCCUGCCACAGCUAUAGCUUUGAUGGGAAAAGGAGGAUCAGUUCUUCUUCUUACUAUGCUCUUCAUGGCAGUGACAUCUGCUGGUUCCUCAGAGCUUAUAGCAGUAUCCUCAUUAUGUACUUAUGAUAUCUAUCGCACAUACAUAGAUCCAGAUGCAACUGGAAAGACAAUCCUCAAGGUAUCUAGGGCUGUCAUCCUUGGUUUCGGAUGCUUUAUGGGGUUGUUAGCAGUGAUGUUAAACAAGGCAGGAGUGUCAUUGGGUUGGAUGUAUCUGGCAAUGGGAGUGUUCAUCGGCUCAGCAGUGCUUCCCAUUGCUUUCAUGCUUCUAUGGAGAAAGGCAAAUGCCAUUGGAGCAAUUCUAGGAGCAACAAUUGGUUGUCUUCUUGGGAUCAUCACAUGGCUAUCUGUUGCUAAAAUUGAGUAUGGCCGAGUGAAUCUUGACACAACAGGUAGGAAUGCACCAAUGCUUGCUGGAAACCUUGUCUCUAUACUUGCUGGUGGCGCUAUACAUGCUAUAUGUAGCUUCAUGUCCCCGCAGAACUACGAUUGGGGAACCACAAGGCAGAUCACAGUGGUUGAGAAGGAAAAGAGUGAGCUGCCAGCAGAAGAGUACAGGGAGGAAAAAUUAUUGAGAGCAAAAGCCUGGAUAGUGAAAUGGGGUGUUGGAUUUACUUUUGUGAUUGUUUUGUUGUGGCCUCUUCUGAGUCUUCCAGCAGGAGCUUUUAGUAUAGGGUACUUCACAUUCUGGGCAGUGAUAGCAAUAGCAUGGGGUACAAUUGGUUCCAUUUUCAUCAUUACUUUACCGUUAUAUGAGAGCUGGGAAACAAUCCAGAGUGUCCUCCUGGGCAUGUUUACAAAUGAUAGGCUCAUGGAAAAGGUUGAAGAAAUGAAUUUGAGGCUGCGCACAGUCAUGUUGGCUAUACCAGAAGCAGAGAGAAUUUACUUGCUUGAGAAGGAGAAGGCUAAGAAGAAAGAACCAUUAGAUGUCUCUAGUCCAUGCAAUAUUUGGGUUGGUAUUUCAUGCAACGCUGCUGGAAGUGUCAACAAGAUAAAUCUCACCAGUUCUGGUAUUCAAGGUACACUACAUGAAUUCUCAUUCCUAGCUUUCCCUAAUCUUGAAUAUGUUGACCUCAGCUUGAAUAAAAUCUUCGAUGUCAUCCCACCUCAGAUCAGCUCCCUCUCCAAACUUAUUUAUCUUGAUCUAUCUUUUAAUCAGUUGUCUGGGAAAAUCCCACCAGAAAUUGGUCUUCUAACAAAACUUGAGGUCCUGCACCUCAUGGGAAACCAGUUAAAUGGCUCAAUUCCUCAAGAAAUAGGUGACCUUAAGCUUCUCUAUGAGCUUGCGCUAUACACCAACAAUCUCGAAGGUUCAAUUCCUAUUUAUCUUGGUAAUUUGAGCAACAUGAGAUUUCUGUAUCUCUAUGAAAACCAACUUUCUGGUCCCAUCCCACUAGAAAUAGGAAACCUUCAUAAUUUGGUUGAGCUCUUUAUUGAUGCCAACUACUUGACAGGUCCAAUCCCUCCAAAUUUUGGAAACUUCAAAGAGCUAAUUGUGAUGUCAUUGUGCAACAAUAAUCUUUCUGGUUCUAUCCCUUCAGAACUAGGAAAUCUGAAGUCACUGGUCAAACUAUACCUUCACCAGAACAAUUUUUCUGGCUCAAUCCCGGCAACUUUAGGUGACCUAACAAACCUUACUUAUCUCUAUUUAUUCCAAAAUGAACUUUCUGGAGCCAUUCCUCAAGAGCUGGGAAGGUUGAAAUCUCUUGUAAAUCUACAGUUCAACAUGAAUCAACUGAAUGGUUCCAUUCCCACUUCAUUUGGGAACUUGAGAAACAUAGAAAUGUUAUACCUUCGUGACAACAAACUUUCUGGCUCCAUCCCCAAAGAGUUGGAGAAUCUCAUGAAGUUGACUGUACCAGAGUUGGAUACUAACCAAUUUGUUGGUUAUUUGCCCCAAAAUAUUUGCCGAGGUGGAGCACUAGAAUAUUUUACAGCAAACAACAACUAUUUGAUAGGUCCAAACCCCAAGAGCUUGAAAACUUGUAGCAGCUUAGUCAGACUCCAUCUCGGAUGGAACCAACUCACAGGCAAUAUAUCUGAAGACUUUGGUGUCUAUCCUCAACUUCAGUUUAUAGACCUAAGCCACAAUAACUUCUAUGGUGAAGUGUCACACAGUUGGGGACAAUGUCCAAAAUUAGGAACUCUAAGAAUUGCGAGAAACAGACUUACUGGUAGCAUACCACCUCAGAUCAGCGAUGCAUCCCAAAUUCAGGAACUCGAUCUUUCAUCAAAUCGUUUAGUUGGGAUGAUCCCAGAGGAAUUGGUGAGAAUGACUUUGUUGAAGCUGGUGUUGAAUGACAAUCAAAUUUGGGGUCAUAUACCCACAGCAUUUGGAUCCUUAAAUAAUCUUGGAUACCUUGACCUGUCCACCAACAAAUUUAGCGAGUCAAUUCCAAGCACUUUAGGUGACUUGUCCAAGUUAAACUACUUGAAUUUGAGCAACAACAAUUUGAGUCAUGAGAUUCCAUUUCAGUUGGGGAAUUUAGUUCAUCUGUCUCAACUAGAUUUAAGUUACAACUCACUUUAG